AUGUGUCACUGGAGCAGGAGCUGGAGCUGCUGGCAGAUGCUCAUCCUGGCCACCGUAUGGUCUGUGAUGGCAGUGGAGGCCAUUCCCAACGAUGUUUAUCUGAAGAUGUUCCCCAUGCAACCGCCGGUGGCGGAGGAUCCCUGCUACGACAAGUCGCGCCAGCCGCGGAUCUGCAUCCCCGAUUUCGUGAAUGCCGCCUAUGAUGCACCCGUGGAAGCCAGCAGCACGUGUGGGGCCGAGCAGCCGCAGCGGUACUGCGAGCACGGAGCAGGGGCGGACAGGGAGAUGCAGUGCCACACGUGCGAUGCGGCCAAUCCGCAGCGCAGCUUCCCGCCGCGCGCCCUCACGGAUCUGAACAACUCCAACAAUGUGACCUGCUGGCGAUCGGCUCCUGUGCUACCCGGAGGGGCUGGCGGUGCUGGCGGUGCUGGCGGUGCUGGCGGCGCUGGCGGUGACAACGUGACCUUGACCCUCUCUCUGGGGAAGCGGUACGAGCUGACGUACGUGAGCCUGCAGUUCUGCCCGCGGGCACCGCGUCCCGACUCCCUGGUGAUCUACAAGAGCUCCGACUAUGGCAGCAGCUGGGAGCCCUUCCAGUACUACAGCUCGCAGUGCUGGCGCCUCUUCGGGCGCUCCAGCCGCAUGGCCGUGAGCAAGCACAACGAGCAGGAGGUGCGCUGCAGCGAUCCCCAUCGCCAGGGGCAGGGCCGCAACGAGGGUCUCGCCUCGCGGAUCGCCUUCAGCACGCUGGAGGGUCGCCCCUCCGCCCGCGAUCUGGACUCCUCGACGGUGCUGCAGCACUGGGUGACGGCCACCGACAUACGCAUCGUGUUCCACCGCCUGCAGCAGCCCGAUCCGCAGGCCCUCAUCUCCAUCGACUCUCCGCCGUCGGACCUGCGAAGCGCCAAGUACAGCGUGCAACUCAACAGCCCAGCGGGCAACAACAUUGAUUCCUCCCCCGCCGUAUCCACGGUAUCCGUGUCGGGGGCCGCGGCCGCUGCCGCUGCCACUGGCCUCCACUAUGCCGUCUCCGACUUCUCCGUGGGCGGGCGUUGCAAGUGCAACGGCCACGCCUCCAAAUGCUCGCCGGAUGCCAACGGGCAACUGAGCUGCGAAUGCAGCCACAAUACCGCAGGAAGGGACUGCGAGCGUUGCAAGCCCUUCUACUACGACCGUCCCUGGGGCAGGGCCACGGCCCGCGAUGCCAACGAAUGCAAAAUGUGCAACUGCAACAACCAUGCGCGACAGUGCCGCUUCAAUAUGGAAAUCUUUCGCGCCUCCCAGGGCGUCUCCGGUGGCGUCUGCCAGAACUGUCGGCACUCGACCAUGGGACGGAAUUGCCACCUGUGCAAAGAGGGCUAUUACAGGGACCCCACCAAGCCGCUCCAUCACCGCAAGGUGUGCAAAGCCUGCGAGUGCCAUCCGAUCGGUUCGUCUGGUAAGAUCUGCAACAGCACCAGCGGUCAAUGUCCCUGCAAGGACGGAGUCACCGGACUGACCUGCAACCGAUGUGCGCGUGGCUAUCAACAGAGUCGCUCCCACAUUGCCCCAUGCAUAAAGCAACCUCCGCGCAUGAUCAACAUGUUGGACACACAGAAUACCGCACCGGAACCGGAUGAUGCCUCUCCAGACGUUGCCAAUAAUCGUGGCGGCGCCUCCGCGGCGGCGGCCGCCCAGUCCCCAUACUACCGCACCGAGGGCGGCAGGGGUAAAAUGCGGCAAAUGCAAAGUAAGCACCAAAAGGUUAAAUCUCAACAAGUUCUGCAAAAGAGACUACGCAAUAAUGGCCAAAGUAAUUGGUCGCGAUACGAGCAGCGAGGCGGCCAGCAGGGAGCAGGCGCAUCGACGCGCAAUGGAUCCCGCGGACGUGGACUACGAAAUGGAUCAGGAUCCGGGGGCGGGGGCGGGGGCGAGACGGUACGGUACGAUCUGCAAAUCCAGGCCGUAUUCAAGCGCACCAAAUCAGGCCCCGGGAGCAGCAGCGGGGGGAUCGGCGCAUAUGGAAUGCCGAAUACAAUGCUAAAACGAGGUCCUAUGACCUGGAUCAUACCGAUUAAGAAUCUCGAGUGUCGCUGCCCCAAGAUCAGAGUAAACAGAUCCUAUUUGAUCUUGGGACGGGAUUCGGAGGCGCCACCAGGGUAUCUGGGCAUUGGGCCGCACUCGAUAGUUAUCGAAUGGAAGGAGGACUGGUAUCGGCGCAUGAAGCGUCUGCAGAGGAGAGCGCGCACCUGUGCGUAAUCCGUAAUCCCUUCCAAGCCAAGCCAAGCCAAGCCAAGCCAUCUAUAAACCAUCUAAAAGCCAUCUCUGUUUUGUGUCCCUAUCUUGUCCUUUCCCCAUGUGUAGAUUCUAGAGCUACGUUUAAGAAAUGAAAGGAAAGAGCAGCACCAGCAGCCGCAGCAGAACGGUAAUCAAAUUGAACGAAUAUCAAAUCUAUUAUUGUUUUUUUUUUUUGAUGAUCAAAACCAGAUUUUGUAGCAGUUUAAGAUCAAAUUAGCAAUAUUUAAUUUAUUUAAUUGUUAUGAAACACAAUCCGAGCAACACACACACGAAAGUAUCUAUAUGUAUAUGUAAUCUAUGUAAUCUAUAUACCUUAUACGAUUUGUAUUAUUUUUUGGUAAGAUAUAAGAUACCUGUCAGCCCAGUCUAAGCAUUUGUGAACAAUUAAUGGAGCAAAAUAAGUUUCGACAAGUGAAUGGAACACGUAUAAGCAAUAAUUUAUAAUUUAAGAAUUACUUCGAUGCAUGUCCAAGCUAUGUCCCAGGAAGAUCGCGAAAUUUGUGAGAGCAUCUGGAUGGGAUAAUUGCUGACAGGAAGUCUCACAACGCAG